AUGUGGGUAUUCAAGCAGUCUAGGUAUGCCGCGGAAUACGAGGAGCUUCAGUUGGCCGUACGCUUGGUGGAUUGGUUGGUGGCAACUGAAGGCUGCCAAAACUUUCGACCGCAGCAAGCACAGAGGCUCUUGAACAGCGAGGGUCUUUGGCAAACCUUGCGAACGCGGUUGAUGCGUGCGUGGCGUGGCAUUUGGGGCGAAGACGCCGUGGAUCGCGUGGCCAAAGCCCUGCUUCAGAGGUUAGCCGACCCAACAGCCCUGGACGUGGCCGACGGUGCGACCAUAUCUCGACCUGUGGACUGCGUGGGGUUGCAGACGUACUUGGCCCUUUGCGAGGGCAUCCAUGGUGACGGCAGCCCUGCUCGAAGUCCCUUGCACGAGUCUCUCCAAUGA